AAAAAAUUGGGCAAAAUUUAACGAAGACAAUUCAUCGAAAUUCAAAACAGUGAAAUUAAAUAUCGGAGUACCAUGGAGGUACUCGAUCCAACUGUCACUCAUGACGAUGCACCCCUCUGUGUCAAUGAUUCCAUGGAAAAAGUGACACUGCGGCAAAUCCCAAGUGAUACAAAGUCAUGUGUCAAAGCAAGGCAUACGCUUGGUUUUCUCGGUUUUCUAGGCUUCGCCCUGGUUUACGCGAUGAGAGUAAAUCUCUCUGUCGCUAUUGUUUCCAUGGUGAAUCAGACUGCAUUUCCUAAUGAUGACAACGAGACAAACACCGAUGUCUGUUCCAACAACAUUCCAGUCAAUGAGACGUUCAUUCCAAGCCCAGGCGAAUUCAACUGGGAUGAGACGACCCAGGGCAUUAUCCUGGGAUCGUUUUUUCUCGGUUAUGUGAUAACAAAUGUACCUGGUGGUCGUAUGGCUGAAAAAGUCGGUGGAAAAUUGGUGUAUGGCCUUGGUGUUCUUCUAACAGCAAUUCUUACUGUUGUGAGCCCAUGGGCAGCUUACUGGGGCCUUCCAGCAUUUCUUGCUGUGAGAAUCGCUGAGGGAUUUACUGAGGGUGUGACAUUCCCGGCUAUGCAUUCCAUGUUGGCGCACUGGGUACCGCCCAUGGAACGAAGUAAAUUUGCUGCUCUGGUUUAUGCAGGUUCUAAUUUUGGUACUGUCAUCUCCCUUCCUGUGAGUGGCUGGCUGUGCUCACUAGAGCUUUGGGGUGGCUGGCCCUUGGCAUUUUACUUAUUUGGAGGUUUGGGCAUCAUUUGGUAUAUUUUCUGGCUCUUCUUCAUUUAUGACACACCAGCACAGCAUCCCGGAAUCGAUCUCCAAGAGAAGCUGUAUAUUGAAGCUUGUGUCGAACCCAAGAACGAGAACGACGCAGGAGUUCCUUGGCUAUCAGUCCUGAAGUCAGGACCCAUGUGGGCGAUAACGAUAACCCAAUGUGGCCAAUCAUGGGCGUUCUAUACACUGCUAACUGAGCUUCCAGCUUAUAUGGAUCGAAUCCUUCACUUCGACGUGCAGCAGGAUGCUCUGCUGUCCACUCUCCCAUAUCUGUCUGCCUGGAUAAUGGGUCUGGUGAUCUGUGGUUUGGCAGACAACCUCCUGGAGCGCAGGAUUAUGUCGCCUCUCACCUCCAUGAAGUUCUGGAAUACAAUUGGUUCCUUGGGACCCAGUUUGAGCUUUAUUGGGGCUAUCUGGGCAGGCUGCGACAGAGUCUGGGUGAUGAUAAUGCUGGCCGGUCUUGGCUCACUUCAAGGUGCUAUUUAUGCUGGUAAUCAAAUGAAUCAUAUUGCUCUGGCACCUAGGUAUGCUGGAACUCUCUAUGGACUGAGCAAUGCUGCUGCCAAUGCUUGUGGAUUCCUGGCCCCUUAUGUGGUGGGGCGACUCAUUGCUGGGCAUGAAACUCUGUCUCGGUGGCACAUCGUUUUCUGGUUGGCUGCUGGUAUCAAUAUGAUGGCUAAUUGCUUCUAUUUGCUUUUUGCUUCUGCUAAGGAGCAACCCUGGAGCCGCGGGGGCAGUUGAUGAUUCGACGACAGAAGAGGAGGGAGGCGAUCCGACAGCGGGGAUCGACUCGCUCUUAGCGCAUUUUAGAUGAAUUUUUUUUUGGGGUGAUGCAGAUAGGAGAGGAAAAUAUUCGUGGAAAAACCUAGUCUAAUCGGUGGGAUAUCUUCCUCUAGAUUCACUAGGUUUUUUCAGGAAAUUUUAAUAUAAUACGGUAGGUGAAGAGGGUUAUCAACUUUGGGUUCAUCUCGUAAGUGAGAUGAUAUCAAGAGAACUUUUUGUGUGAAGGUAAAUUGAAUAAAAUGAAAAAUUAAAUUUCGAGAUUGCAAAACAUCAUUGUUAAAAAUUAAGAAAAUGUUCAUCCAGAUCUCUUUUGGUCAAAGUCCUUACCCAAAGUCUUUGAUUUAUGAUUUUGAGAAUUUUCGUACUAAAUUAUGUACUUUACGAGAUGCUGUUAAUUGCUUUUUUGAGAAAUAUUUUUAAUGCCAGUGAUCAGGGAUUUGAGUUCCAUCAUUUUUUAAUCCUUUUAGACAUUUGAUGAGUUCAUGGCCAAUUUUGCGAAGGGUCUUUGAUGAUAAAUUCUACUUCAGUUUCAAAAAAAGCUCUCUUGAGAUAUUCUUCACAGAAUUUAGUAGUGUUUGAGGCAAUUACUUCGGACCUUUUACUAAACACUGAAUUUUAGAAUAUAACGAAUUUAAAUGGAAAAUUGAGUAAAAGAAAGGUAAAUAAUGCAAUAGUAAGUUGUAAAAAAGUCUAUUAGAAGUCUCUCAAAAUUCUAUUACAUAUAUUUUUUGUCAGUUCUAAUAGAAAAUUUUGGAAGACUGAAAAUUUUCGAUAGAAUUUUUCGACAAAUGUAAUAAAUGUUCUUUUCAACAAUUUUUUCAUACAUGUGAUCAUGUUAAGGGUCUGCAAUAGCUGAAAUUUUCCACGAAAUGCUGCACUUAAAAUAAAUUAAUCGAUCUUGUCAUUAUUUUCUCCAAUAUCUCAUUAUUACAGCAAGAAACUGAAUCAUUAACAGAAAUCGUUGCAUUUAAUUUCAAACCUGGAAUUCUUUUUCUCCUAAGCGUUUGAUGUUUUUAGGUGCUCUAUUUAUAUUACUGACAAUUAAAAUAGAGAAAACGAGGGGAAGUUUCUUUCCGGACGCCAAAGGAUUAACAGUAUAACAAGAGCAGGAAAAAAUUUUUCUCAAGUUAAAUAAAGGAUUUUUGUUUCUGAGAAACAUCGCACAAUUCAAAUGAAAUUGAAAAAUUUUUAAAAAGAGAAUUUAUUUCUAUAAGGAAUAUUUAUUGUUAAUGAAACAAUGAUUUUUAUUGUUCAUAUUUGUUCAUGGAACUCUAGAAAUGAUAAAUGAACUCAGGAUUUCGAUAAAUCACUAAUGGAGAAUGAGUUGCAAUGAUAAAUGGUAAAUGGUAAUGGUAAAUUUAGGUGAAAUGGCGAUGGCACUGAAUGUGGACAGAUUUUAACACCGGUAGAAUUAAUUUUUCAAAUUUGACACAUAUCGGAAAUAUCUAUGCAGGAUAAACUGAUUAAUUAGGACAAAAUCAUGUAAAGUUCGUUGAUCAUAGAGUAAAGAUUAUCUGUGAAAAACAAGUAAUCGAUUAAACCAGUAAUUAUUGACGAAUCGAAUGAAAUAAAUUCGAUAGAGAGAAUUUUCAAAACAACAAAGAGAAUUUUUAAUUGAUGUUAAAACGAACGACGACAGGACAUUUCAACAAUUCCAAUUUUUUCGUCGAUCGUAUAAGUUAAUGAUAACUGUGAUUAAUGUUAAGGAACAUUGGAAUCAAAUUCCUUGCAAGAUAAUAAUUACAGUAUUGUAAUGUAAUGAAAUAAUGAAGAUAAUAAUUUUCAUGGAUAAUUAAUCGUAUGAAGAUGUAAUAAAUCUAUAUUUACGAAUAAAUAUUGUGCGAUUGAAAA